AUGGAUUGCUUCAUCCUCGCGUCCGGGCUGGCCAUGACCUACAUCGUCUGCAUCGGCAGCACGGCCAUGUUUAUCAUCGCUUUCAUCAACUUGGCGCGGAGCCCUCACAGCAAAGGCUCCAUCGUCAGGUUCUCCUUCUUUUUCAUCUUCUGGGUCACCCUCGUCGCUGGUGUGUGCACGGUCAUGUGCAUCUUCAUCUUCCAGCAGCCGGCGGUGCGUCUGUGCCUGGCCUUCGCCCACGGGGCACUCCGUGGCGCGGGCCGGCUUCUUUGCCAGCCGUGCCGGUGCGCGCGCCCCCGCCGCGCUCUGCCGCAGUUUCUGGACCAGACACCGAGUCACAUGCCCGUGCUGGCCAGGGAGCCACCUGUGGAUGGCGGCGCGCGGACGGUGACGGCGUAUGAUAUCCCGGCGUACGAGCAGCCGGAGGGCGGCGGCGGGUCGGAGUGCGCGGUCUGCCUCGGGGAGGUGGAGAAGGGGGACGCCGUGAAGCGGCUGCCGGUGUGCCUGCACGUGUUCCACCAGCAGUGCGUCGACUCGUGGCUGCACGAGCACUCGACGUGCCCGGUCUGCCGGUGCAACCUCUUAGCGCCGUUGCCGGCCCAAAUGGUAUGA